GUUGGAUGACUGCCUGGGCGCCAGUCAUUUCGUGCCAUGAAAUUAGCAUAUAUAUUAGGUGAAGUUUCACAGCCUCCUACCAGAACUAGUGACCGAAACCUGCUACCAUGGAGACUUCCCCACUCCUAAGGCUCACUGUCCUACUAGCCUGCUGGUUUCCCCAAGCGAGGGCAGCGUCAUCCCUGCAAGAACAAGCAGGAGCGCUCCUUGCCUGGAAAGCCACACUGCAAAGCCAGCCAGCCCAGCUGCAAUCCUGGGGAAAGGUGAACAAUACUCCAACCUGGCCCUGCAGCUGGUAUGGCAUCAAGUGCCGCAAGCAUCAAGCAAGGCGCCAAGAGGUGAUCACCGAGAUCUCUCUACGGGGGCUGCGGAUCAAAGGGGAGCUCGGCGCCCUCAACUUCACGGUGUUGGCAACCCUGACGGGUCUCCAACUCUCGCACAACAGGCUCACCGGGAGGAUCCCUCAGAGCAUUGCGUCGCUCAGAGAGCUCCAGUUCCUCCUCCUUCAACACAAUCAGAUAAGGGGCCCCUUAUUACCCGCUUUAGCAUCCUUGACACAACUGCGCUACUUAACACUCCAACAGAAUGAACUCUCCGGUGAAAUACCAAAGCAAAUAGUACAGCUAGAUGGUCUUGUGACACUCAACCUGUCUGACAAUCACUUGUCUGGUACCAUCCCUAGUGAACUAGGCUACCUAAAGAAGCUUCUUAGGUUAGAUUUUUCCAGCAACAACCUCACAGGCCCCAUUCCAAAAAAAAUAGGGAACAUUACCAAACUCACAAUCUUGUACCUUUACAGUAAUCGAUUAUCGGGAUAUCUUCCAGAAGAACUAGGCUAUCUUGUAAAUUUAAAAGAGUUGGACCUUAGCAUUAACAAACUGAUGGGUUCCAUCCCCGAUUCCUUUGGGAGUCUCAUUAACCUCAAUGUCUUGGCCCUAUGGGAUAACCAACUUUCCGGACAUAUUCCUCAAGAAUUAGGUUUCCUAGUGAAUCUAAAAGAGUUGACUCUUAACAGAAACUAUCUCAUUGGUUCCAUUCCCAGUACCUUUGGAAACCUGACAAAGCUCACUAUCUUCUGCCUAUAUGAUAAUCACUUAUCCGGAUAUCUUCCUCGAGAACUAGGCUACCUUGUGGAUAUAGAAUAUUUAGAGCUAAACGACAACAAACUCAUUGGUUCCAUCCCUGAUACCUUUGGAAAUUUUACAAAGCUCACUAUUUUCUAUCUGUGGGAUAACCAACUUUCUGGGCGUAUUCCUCAAGAACUAGGUUACAUGGCGAAUAUAAAAGAGUUAUCUCUUAGCUACAACAAAUUGAUGGGCCCCAUCCCCAGUACCUUUGGAAACUUGACUAAGCUCACUGGCUUGUACCUCGAUAGUAAUCAAUUAUCAGGACAUGUUCCUCGAGAAAUUGGCACCUUAAUGGACCUCGAAUAUGUGCAACUCGAUAGUAACAACCUCACUGGUCCCCUCCCACCCGAGUUGUGCUCUGGAGGUCGGCUCAAGAAUUUAACUGCAUUUGACAACAAUUUGAAUGGACCGUUGCCACCAAGUUUGGUACACUGCAAGAGCCUUGUUAGAGUACGUCUAGAAAGGAAUCAAAUACAAGGAGAUAUUUCUGAGUUGGGAGUUCAUCCAAAUCUUCUCUAUAUGGAUAUGAGCUUGAAUAAACUAUUUGGACAAUUAUCUUCUCGGUGGAGGGAAAGUCAUAAUCUUACCAUGCUAUGCCUCUCAAACAACAACCUCACGGGGAAAAUACCCACAAGUAUGGGGCGACUACCUCAGCUAGGGGUACUUGAUCUUUCAUCAAACAAGCUUGAUGGAGAUAUUCCAAGCGAACUGGGUAAUCUUAAAAAUUUGUUCCAGUUGAACCUCGCAGACAAUUUGCUCCAUGGAAGCAUACCACAGGAAAUUGGCGCAUUGUCCAGUCUGGAGUUGUUGGAUUUGUCAUCAAAUAAACUAAGUGGUUUGGCACAUGCAUCAAUUGGGAAUUGUUUAAGGAUCCGAUCACUAAAUUUGAGCAGAAAUAACUUUAAAGGAAACAUCCCUGCCAUGCUAGGGGUGUUGCACAACUUACAGUACAUGUUGGAUUUAAGUGAGAACUCAUUUACUGGGGCAAUACCAAGCCAACUUAGUGGUCUGAUCAUGCUAGAUGUUUUGAACCUUUCACACAAUGAACUUAAUGGCUCCAUCCCGCAAUCAUUUCAUAAUAUGGAAAGCUUGAUAUCCAUUGAUGUAUCUUACAAUGAGUUGGAAGGACCAGUGCCAGCGAGUAAGCUUUUCCAAGGAGCUCCAAUCAAGUGGUUCAUGCAUAAUAAGAUGCUAUGUGGUGUAGUGGAAGGAUUGCCAAGUUGCAGUAGUGCAUCGCAAAAUGGAGGGAAAAGGAAAGGAUACAAACAACUUGUAUUAGCCACGGUUCCUACUGUGAUAUCGCUUGUUAUUGCUGGAGCGAUAUUGAUGUUCCUACAUGAAAAGAAAAAAGUAAUUAACACCGAUAAAGUAACACAACAAAAAUUGUUCUCUAUUUGGAGUUUUGAUGGAGCAAACAUGUUCAAGAGAAUCGUUGAAGCAACCGACAAUUUUAGUGAGGCACAUUGCAUAGGAACCGGAGGAUAUGGAUCUGUCUACAAAGCUAGACUUACAAAAUGUGAAAUAUUUGCAGUGAAGAAGAUACAUGUGAUAGAAGAUGAGUGCUGCAUGAGCAAGUCUGUGUUCAAGCGUGAAAUUGAUGCAUUGGUGCAGAUUCGACAUAGAAACAUCGUAAAACUAUUUGGGUAUUGUUCUUGUAGCCAAGGCAGGUUUCUUAUAUAUGAAUAUAUGGAGAGAGGAAACUUGGCAGACACACUAAGGGCCAAUCAGAAAGCAAUUGAAUUGGACUGGAGAAGGCGCUUACACAUUGUGUUGGAUGUGGUUCAUGCUAUGGCAUACAUGCAUCAUGAUUGUCCAUCACCAAUAGUCCAUAGAGAUAUAACAAGCAACAACAUUUUGCUUGAUCUGGAAUUUAGAGCUUCCAUCUCUGACUUCGGUACAGCAAAAGUUCUCAAUAUUGAUGGACGAAAUAUAACAAAGCUUGCUGGGACGAAAGGCUAUCUUGCCCCAGAGCUAGCAUAUACCGAGAAUGUGACAGAGAAAUGUGACGUAUAUAGUUUCGGAGUGCUUGUUCUAGAGCUAUUUAUGGGAUCCCAUCCAGGCAAAUUCCUCUCAUCCCUCCCAUUGGUCACCAAGGAUAAUGAAGUGUAUCUACAGGAUAUGCUGGACUCCAGGCUUGUGCUCCCGGAUGCUGAAACUGCUAGAGAAAUAUACUACAUGCUUGGUGUUGCAGUUCAGUGCCUAGAGCUGAGUCCAUCACGCAGACCAACGGCUCGGCGUGCUAGUGAUGAGCUAUGUGCAAUUAAAGAAUGUGAAGAUCAUGUUGAUUAUCUGCACGCUCGCCUCACCAUUCCUACACAGUAGUGCUAUAUAUGGCCACGGAUGAUGAAUGAGCUAUAUGCAAUUUAAGUAUGAUCCAUUUGACCAUUGCAGCUUCAUGCCACCUUCUUAGUACUGAGAUUCUCUCUUUUAUCUCGUUGCUUCUGCAUGAG